AUGGCGGUGAAACUCGGCCCUGGAUGGUGUGACAUGGCCAGACCCCCACCACUUCGAUGGUUGAGAGCAUUAGGUCUGAAGAAUCAUUGGUCGAAUGGUGGUCGUUGGUUUGGUUUGGUUUGGUUAGAUUAUCUGUUAUCUGUUGGAAAACUCGAAGACCUGAAUGAAGAAUCAUUCGUCUGCUUGAGUUUAUAUGGCGAGAAAAUCUCGCGAGAUCACAGAAUGGCCCCAGUAUUACAUGCCACCUCUAGACCGUUUGUUAUGUCCGGGAUUGAUGUAAGUAACUUUGAAGAACCGUUGAGAGAACGGGCUGUCUGCCCUAUUUGUCAGCAGAUCCUGCAGAAACCAAUGCAGUUAUCGUGUGGUCACCAUGUUUGUCUGAAAUGUUUAAAAGUGGUUUUCCAGAAUAAUGAUUCGGCUAUCUGUCCAGUUAAUGAUGAUGAUGACUGUAAAAAUAUCAACAGAAGUAAGGUAUUUCUGGAUGUCAGUGUUGGUAAACAAGUAGACAAACUCGUUGUUACAAACCCAAAUAUUAAAUCUGAAUUUAGUGCUGACAGCCGUUGGAACAAAACUCAGAGAUCCUCAAAUGAUAUAAACUCCAGAAUAUUGAAAAAUGAACAAGAUUUGAAAGAUCUUAAGUCGGUAAUUAUUUCCCAAUAUGAACAAAUUGAAUCUUUGGAUCGUAAAGUGUCAGAAUUGACCCACAAAAAUAAUUCACUAGAACAAGAUGGUUUAUUGAAAGAAGAAGAAAGGGUGAAGAAUCUUACACAAAUACAAAAUAAUGAUAUUGGGGCAGUCGUUAGUAAGGAUAGUCGGGCAGUCGUUAGUAAGGAUAGUCGGGCAGUCGUUAGUAACGAUAUUGGGACAGUCGUUAGCAAAUUUGGUACCAUCAAUCGUAUGGCAGGCCCAAACUAUCCAAUUGAUGCAAAUGAAAGUCGUCAUUAUGUUAAAUAUAGAUUGAAAAGGGUUGCAAGGAUUGUCGUGAGAGCAAAUGUUCAUGUUCAGGGGAAUCAGUAA